GAGAGAGGAGACAGAGAAGUCAGGCACAGAACCUUUUCUUUUUUCUCCCCUCCUUUUCUUUUUUUUUUCUCUCUCUCUCUCUCUCGCUCUCUCUGUCUUGCUUUUCAAAAAGCAUCCUUCCAUAGACCAUCUGUUAUAUUCUUCUUCUUCUGCUUACAUUAUUUUUUCUCUUCGCAAUUCUAGUCUCCUCUCUCUCUCUCUCUCUCGUGGUGCUCUUUGUUCGCCUGCACCUUGCAGUCAACAACUGGGGGAAUCCAGAAACACAUAUACUGCUGUUUCCACAUUUGUUUUACUUUCUUGUUUUGGAGUCUGCUCAAAGCACAUUGUGGUGUAAUCUCUGCCAGAAGCAGUUGGAGACUCUUGCAGGAUAUAUCUGGAUAGCAAGUUUUGCAGACUCAUGAGUACUUGGAUUUCUGUACUUUAGAUUCUAACCCAAAAAUAUUGGUGAUAGCAGAAAAUGACGAAGAUUAGUCCUGAGGUUGAAGAAAUGAUGCAGAUUGAACCAGUGCUGGCAGUUUCAGCAGAUGUGAGCUUCUCUUCUAAUUGUUUUCCCAAGUAUAAAUUAGGACCUGAUAAUCAGAUAGUGGAGGUACCAAAGGAGGAUGACAGGGGCCCAUCCUUGAAGGAAGUUGUUGAAAGGGAAACAAUGCAACUGUCAGAGCAGCACAAGCGGCUUUCAGUUCGUGACCUUGCCAGUAAAUUUGACAAGAACUUGGCUGCAGCUGCUAAGUUGGCUGAUGAGGCAAAGCUAAGAGAGGUUGCUUCUUUGGAAGGACAUGUUUUGUUGAAGAAGCUUAGAGAUGCAUUAGAAUCACUGAGAGGCCGUAUGACAGGAAGAAACAAGGAAGAUGUCGAGAAAGCCAUCUCUAUGGUUGAGGCUCUUGCAGUUAAGUUGACUCAGAAAGAAGGGGAACUGAUUCAAGAAAAGUUUGAAGUGAAAAAACUAGCAAACUUUCUCAAACAGGCUUCUGAAGAUGCUAAAAAGUUGGUAAACCAGGAAAAGUCUUUUGCUUGUGCUGAAAUAGAAAGUGCCAGGGCAGUUGUACAGAGAUUUGGAGAGGCCCUUGAUGAGCAAGAAAGGACUUCGGAAAAUUCUAAAACACAGGACGUGGAGGAACUAGUAGAGGAGGUUCAGGAGGCUAGAAGAAUUAAACGGUCGCAUCAGCCAAGUAAGGUGAUAGAGAUGGAACUUGAGCUUCGUGCACUACGAAUUCAAAUUCGAGAGAAAUCUAUAUUUUCAUUUAAGCUUCAGAAAGAGCUGGCGAAAAGCAAGAGAGCUGAGGAGAAUAAAUCCAGGUUAUAUGCUUUUGAUGGUUCUGAAACUAUAGGAUCAUGCUUAAGGAUCCUUCCUUGCUCGGAUAAUGCUCCUCAUCUUUCUAAAUGCUCAAUUCAGUGGUACCGCUUGUCAUCUGAUGAUAGUCAAGAGGAAAUUAUAUUAGGCGCCAAUAAAUCAAUUUAUGCCCCUGAACCAUUUGACGUUGGACGCCUUAUACAGGCUCAAAUUCUUUCAAAUGGCCACAAAGUUACUGUAACUACUGCUGGUCACAUCGAUCCUGCUGCAGGAUUGCAGAGCUAUGUGGACACACUCAUGCGAAAAUCUAAUAGUGAAUUUAAUGUAGUUAUUUCUCAGAUGAAUGGACAAGACUAUACAUCACGCUCUACUCAUGUAUUUAAUGUUGGAAAGACGAGGAUAAAGCUUUGUAGGGGAUGGAUCACAAAGGCUCGAGAUAUUUAUUCCACCUCAAUGCAGCUCUGCGGGUUCAGAGGUGAUGCUAAUGCUCCAGCAAAGGCGUUGUUUUGGCAACCAAGAAAAGGGCUCUCAUUUGUACUAACAUUUGAAUCCGAACAAGAGCGGAAUGCAGCAAUUAUCCUUGCAAGGAAAUACGCUCACGACUGCAAUGUUACUCUUGCCGGACCAGAUGACCAAGCAUAAUCAUAAAUCUAACUCCACAAGUGUGAGUAUUAAUUAGGUUUUCAAUAGUUUUGAGUGAUAUUUAUGCCGAGUGUUUUGCACCAUGAUUGAGAAGAAUGUGCAGUUGGGUUUCAACUAAUCCCCGUUGACAUUGUUUUAGGCAUCGGUUUUCAGUUUGCCUAAACUGUCAGUUGUAAUGAUUUUGCCAGUUCAAUUGAUUUGUUCAUUUGUGGCUGAUUUGCUUAUCAUACUUGGUUUUUUCUGA